GACGGCGGCGGUGUUGUGUGGCUGUGCUUUGCUGCCUAGCGCUCCCGUGUCCCCGAGUGGUUCCCCCUUGGCCUGUUCUCCGUCUGCGCCCGAAUUCAGGGCCGCCGCUUGCCCCUUCUCCAGUCUCUCUCCAACCCACGCCCUAGCCAGUACCGGCGCGGCCCCUACCCUCUGACCCUGUGUUGCAUACUGCCCGAACAAAGUCCCCAAGGGUGUGAAACCCAGCGUUCCUGCCCCUGGGCGGGGACGGGCGGCGACCGCGCAGGGAGCUGAGGCGGUGAGGGCGCAGCCGGCACAGUCCACCAUCCAGGGUCCCGCGAGUCCCCCGGGACCAGGUCCCCCGCACCGCUCGGCCCCACCGCCAGGGCCUCCCGCCGCUCCCCUCGCAGGCCGCCGCCGCCGCAGCCAUGGCGGAAGUUCAUAGACGUCAGCAUGCCCGGGUUAAAGGAGAAGCCCCCGCGAAAUCCUCCACACACAGACAUGAGGAGGAGCUGGGGAUGGCGUCGGCCGAAACGCUGACGGUGUUCCUGAAGCUGCUGGCCGCCGGCUUUUACGGCGUGAGCUCCUUCCUGAUCGUGGUGGUCAACAAGAGCGUGCUCACUAGUUACAGAUUUCCCUCCUCACUAUGUGUUGGACUUGGCCAGAUGGUGGCCACAGUGGCAGUUCUCUGGGUGGGAAAGGCGCUCAGAGUAGUCAAGUUUCCUGACCUUGACAGAAAUGUACCUCGAAAGACGUUUCCACUACCUCUACUAUAUUUUGGGAACCAAAUCACGGGACUGUUCAGCACAAAGAAACUGAACUUGCCAAUGUUUACAGUUCUGAGAAGGUUCUCCAUCCUGUUUACAAUGUUUGCUGAAGGAGUUUUACUCAAGAAGACUUUUUCUUGGGGUAUUAAGAUGACUGUAUUUUCAAUGAUUAUUGGAGCCUUUGUAGCUGCCAGCUCUGACUUGGCAUUUGAUCUGGAAGGAUAUGUUUUCAUUCUGAUAAAUGAUGUCCUGACAGCAGCAAAUGGAGCAUAUGUAAAACAGAAAUUAGAUUCAAAAGAGCUGGGAAAAUACGGUCUGCUCUAUUACAAUGCACUGUUCAUGAUUGUGCCCACCCUGGCCAUUGCAUAUUUUACAGGAGAUGCGCAAAAGGCAAUGGAUUUUGAAGGCUGGGCCGACACCCUCUUUGUUCUGCAGUUCACCAUCUCUUGUGUGAUGGGGUUUAUCCUGAUGUACGCCACAGUACUCUGCACGCAGUAUAAUUCUGCCCUUACAACCACAAUAGUUGGCUGUAUUAAAAAUAUAUUAAUAACUUAUAUUGGAAUGGUCUUUGGUGGAGAUUAUAUUUUCACAUGGACAAACUUCAUUGGCUUAAAUAUCAGCAUUGCUGGAAGCCUGGUGUAUUCCUACAUCACUUUCUCCGAAGAGCAGCUGAACAAACAGUCAGAGGCCAGUAACAAGCUGGACAUUAAGGGGAAAGGAGCAGUAUGACCAGAGGAUGGCUUCGAUGACGUAGGCCCAAGUUUUUGAUCAACUGAGAACACUGGCAAUUCUUACGCAGAUGCUUAGGUGUCUUGAUUAUGGAGAAAAUACCAUUCCUUUGCACUUGUACAAUCUGAGGAUUGAUUGCUGCCUUUUAAGAUUUUAUGAGAGAAACUUAUAAUUGACUCUAUUUUAAAUAUACCAUUGGAAAUAAUUUAUAUCAAACUGGAAAAUGUACCAGGCUUUCUAAUUUAUUUCUUUUACGCCAACAAUGAACCAUCGGUGUUUUGAAAAUACUGUAUUCCAUAGUUUGAUAUCCAGGUGUCCCUUAGAGCCACAUGGACACGGUGCUCCAGCUGGAGCCACCUCGUGCAAAUCGUUGCUGCAUGUAGAGGCAGUUUAGCCUGCCUUCUGCUGGAAAUGCAGCCAAGUAGCUAAAAUUUCUCCUUUUUGAAUUUUAUUUCUUAACAAUUGCAUUUUCUUCAUAAGGAUAUCAUCACUGCAUUUGCUAAAGAUGAUAGCUUUGGCACUAAAAAACUAUGUGGGCUUUGAAGCUGUACUGGUUUCCAUGUUGGCUUCCCUGAGACUUCCUAGCACGGGCACAGUGCAUUCCUUGAAAUUACGCUAUUCCCUCUUUGUUGUGUAGGAUGGCGAUAACGAAGGGAUGGAGAAAGUAGGACUUUUACUCAUUUAUUCAUCUAUCGGAUUCAUUCAUUCAACUGAAAUGUACUGGGUAUGUAAUAUGUACCUGGCGUUACGCUGAGUGCUGGGGGUACAGAGAUGUUUUUGGAGGUAGUUGAAUGAGCUCACUCCUGCUGUUGUGCCUGCGGGUUAAGAGAGAAAACUUAACUUUACGAUCCAUUCAGAAGAUGCUGUGACUCGGAACAAGUCACAGAAACUUUUCUCAGCUCUUAGAAACUGCGAGCCUGUGAAUGGGCUUUGAAGCACCGGCCCUUACCUCCCCCAAAGUGGUGAAACCAGAUGCUACAAUAUGAGGUGACAGGCAUGUGAAAAGCUGCAUUUUGUUUAUUUUUUUGUUUUAAUUUUUUUUUAAGCGAGCUCUAUACCCAUGAUGGGGCUUGAACUCAUGACUGCAAGAUCAAGAGUCAUAUGAAGAGCUGCAUUUUGUAAACCAUGCAGCUCAGCACUUCUUCUCUGAGGAGAAUGGCAGGCCCGCAAGCUGGCCACCAUCUCUUUACUGUGCUUUCCUCCUCUGGAUUUGGUUGCUAUUCUUUUUACUCCUCUUUGAAUUAAUACAACGAGGUCUGACAUUCCUGAAUGUGUUGGUUUGAGGGGAAACCCUGUUUGGAUGUUUCUCUGUUGUCCGGGCUUGGUCUUUGUCUGGCGGUGUCAGCGUUAGAGCUUCAAUGGCAUGAGCAUACCUGUCUCCUGUGGAUACUCUCACCUACAUCCCGUGUCUCUUGGGCAUGUCAGAUUCUCUCAAGACUUUCGCCGCAUCCUGGGAGAACAGCUGUGAAUGGGCAUUGCCUGAAUUGCCUCUCUGGGCGGGAAGGGGCUUGCCUCAUACACAGCCCUGUCAUUUGGCACAGAGACAUCCACUGACUUCGGGUACAAGUGUCUGCACAGGCCGAUUGUGCAGAGUGCAGAAGAGGCUGGGUACUUCUGCACCCGAACACACUAACUUCUCUUUCACUGGGUUUGGAGUCCACAGGGCUCUAUUGAUCCAAACGAUUAGUAUUUUGGUGACUUAACAGGAGGCUUGGAAGGUUUUGAUUUCUUUUUAUUUUUAAAAUUAUAUUGAGGUCAUUUUCAUAUUCGUGUGUUUCCUGUAUUUGGGUUUGUCUUUACUAAAGCCUGGCUGGUGGUAUUGGGUCCCUAGCAUUAGCCUCACGGCCAACUUCCAAGCUAAAAGCUCCCAAGGCUCCCUUUUUUCAGGGUCAUCUCAUCUGAAAAUUCUGGGGCCGGGCGGGGGGGGGGCGGUGCAAAGGAUAUUAUCUUAUGUAGGAUGGGAUUUGUCUGUUUUACCAAUAAGAAAACAAGACUCAGAGGAAGUAGGUGACUUGCUAAGAAGUAAAAAUUCAUGUUUCUCCUGUUGAACCAUGCUGCCAUUGAUUAACUGCCCUUUUCCUCUAAGGGUGAGGAAAUGGGGCUACUAGCUGAGUUUGCUUGAGCUCUUUCAAGGAGGCAGGUGCUUGGUUGAAUUUGGAGUCAGAGAGGAAUAGGCUUUGCAAAUUAGGGACAGUGAUGCCAGAGCUUCUUUCUAGUUUCCAGGCUGGCCUCAAGUGAUAUAAACUCUGGCUGUGAAUGUUGCCUGCCACUGCCUGGUUUUGCCUGGAUAAGGUGGAAAGGCAUUGCGAGAGUUAAUUUUAGUGGUUCUGUUCCUUCUUCUGUCAAGCCACAUGGAGGGAACUUGGACUUUAGAAAUAAUUUGUGUUGUAGAACUUCUCAUCAUGAAAGGCCUUUGGAUGUGUCUAGAGCUGUUAGGCUAGAACCCCAGGAGGAGUUGAACUGCUUUUAGGGGGUCAGGUUCCUUGAAGAUGUCAUCUCUCUAGGUUUGAGAAAAUCAUGAAUAAUUACAGUCUCACUAAAUGCACGUGACCNUGACCUUAGGAUCCCCCCCCCCCCCCGCCCCCCGUGAAGAACUUGCUUACUGGCCAGAAGGCAGUAGAGCAGGUUGCAGCUUCUGCCCUGUCCUGGUUCUGAUUCCUGGAUGCCCCCUUGACUUCCACCAGCGUGUCAAGGUAAGAGAAAGCAGCCUGGGGAAGUUGGAGACUGAAUAGACUGGCCAGCCAUUUUUGGAGUUUUUCAGUUAUGUGCAGGCUUGGUUAUAGUGAACUAGAGGUAUACCUGGUGCUCUCACAUCACCCAGAAUGUCUGGAUUUUGCCCCAAGGUUGAUAUUUUACAAGGCAAAAAUUCUGUGACCUACUAACUACCUCCUGGGAGAAAGAGAGGCAGCUUUAUAGUUAAAUCCUUAAUUUGUCCUUUGAGACAGAUGAGCUGUGGUGAGAAUUUUGAAAACCAAAUUCUGACUAGUGGCUCUUCUUCUUGAGUUAAUGACAACAAAGUCCUCUUUGGCCGUUCUGCUUUUCAGUCUGUGCCAGGUUGAUUUAAAUAACCGUGGUUGACCAGACUGUACAUUGCCAAUGUGUCAGGUGAUUUUUAAUUGCUUCAUAUGGCUGUGGACUUUAUAAGUCAGUCAUUUGUAGGCUCCAGCUUGCAUGUUGGUUUAAAAAAACAUGCAUCUGCAAGUUUCUGUAGUCCUGUUGUAUCAAGAAUCCAUGGAAAGUUCGGGUCAGUAACGCUGAAACAGGUUCUUCAUGGAAAGACUAGUAGAGUUUCAUAUUGGAUUGGUUUGGAGUAGCGGUUAGGAUUUUGGAACUGCUUUUGUUAUUGUCUUAUCAGUGACCAGAGAUUUAUUGAGCCUCUUUUUUAUGCCAGAGCCGUGUGGCAGGCUCUGGGGGAAACCACCAUGAAUAGGAGAGUUCUUGCUGUCAAGGAAUGUGUAAUUCUUCAGCCAGACCCGUAUUCAGAGAAAGGAGAUGAAAGGAGUCAGUGAUUUGUAAGUAAGAGCUGUUGGCAGUUACCACGGAUUAGGAGUCCCCAACCCACCCAUAGAGCAGCAGCAUUUUUUUAUUCUACAAGGACUUUUACAACUCCUGCUACUCCGCUAGCUCUGAGAGAAGUGCCGGGCUGUUAGAACUGUGUGAAUAGCCUGGGUUCCCCUUCCUUCCGUUUCACAUAUUCUUUCUUCCCCUUAACUCUGUAAUCCAGGAGUCACCCCUUCUCCUCCAUUUCCCUUUCCUUGGUUCCAGUUACCUGCGGUCAGCCGAGGUCUGGAAGCAGAGUCAGGAGGUCAGCAAGUAGCUUAACACUACGUCACAGUGCCCGCGUCCUUCACCUCACUUCAUCUCGUCGCGUAGACACUUUAUCACCUUGCGUCACCACAGGGGGUUGUCAUUACUGGGGACACCACACAAGAGGCACUGCUGAGGAACAAAGCACAGAGCUGGGGCCUUCGUGUGUCCACAGCAGAAUUCUAGAGAACGUCUAUAUUAGGAAAACACCAAAGGAGAAUUUCAUCAGGAAUGCCUCAUCGUGUGUACUUAUCCUUCAGGUAAUUUUUUCCAGUGAAUAUUUUUGAGGACAAUAUCUAUAAAUGACAGAAUCAUGAAACUAUCUGAGAUGUAAGAGUGUGAGAGAGGAGUAUCAUCCCGAGAAUGGUAGGAAGAAGUUCCUUGGAGAAAUGACAUUCGAGCUGAUUCCUGAAAGACUAGUACUUGAGGAGAUAUUGGAGGGGACAGCCCACUAGCAUUCCAGGGCACCGUAUCUGCUGCUGUCUGGAAUGCAUUCCCCUCUCAUGUCUUUAUAGCAGAUGCCCUCAUCUCUGUGGGCCUUUGCUGACCAGCCUAUCUGAAAUUGCACCCCACCAUUGUCCUUAUUCCUCUCCUGUGCUUUAUCUCUAUAGCACUUCUCUCUUUUGAUGAAAUUUAAGCUUUAUGAAGGCACAGAUGUUGGUCUGUUCUGUUCACUGCAAUAUCCCUGGCAUCUAGAAACAAUACUGCUGUGCACACUGUGGGUACACCAUAAAUAUUUCCUGAAUGAACACAUCUAGACAAAGAGUAGCCGAUUAAUGGCUGUUUUUUAAGCACAGCAAGGCAGAAAUAUGGCCUCAUUUUCAUUUUAGAAAGACCAUGCCAGCUGCAGUACUGGGAUUGUAGAUCAGGAGUUGACAAACUCACAUCUCACAGGGAGGGGGCCAGGCAGGUAAAAAGUGUGAAUCUGAAUGAGUGCAAUCAAUACAUACAGUAGUUAGUGGUUGGGCUUGUGGUACCUACCUGCUUAAAGGCAUUCAAAUUAGAACAAAAUAAAAAAGUUACCAGGCAGAUUUGGCCUACUGGCUGUUGGUGUGCCUAAACCGAGGAACUUCUGUCAUCACAUCUGCACUCCAACAGGAUCACUGAGGAUGCUGUGCAGAUUACUGUCAGGUCGGGGGCAAAGAAAGGACUGUACAGAUAAAUACAUUAGUCCCAGAAGACUGCUGUACAGGUGAGAAAUGAUGGGGUCCUAGAGUGUAGUUGUGAAAGCAGAAAAUAGAAACAUUAUUUGAACUAUUUUAGGAGGUAGAAUUAACAAGUGAUAAUGCAAUCAGUUUCUGAUUUUUGUUUCUAAGUAAGGCUGUGGUGAAUUUCCCUUUUGCCAAAGUCUGUUAUAUUCAAGGAGACCGUCUGAACUCCAGAUCAAUGAUGAACCUUCCUUUUAAAGGUAUUUAACUUAGGUUUCCAAAUGUUUUCCAAAAAGGUAGUACUUGAAGUUUAGCAAACAAAACUUGCUAUGCCACAGUAAAAAAAAAAAAAAA